CAUGCAUAUGUACCAGGAUAUAAUUAUAUAGUACAUAAUUUGAAACAAGUAAUAAGGUGCAAUAAUAAUAAUAUACACCUGGUUAUGUUUGUGUAAGAUUAAUUUAUGAAGAAAAGAAAUCUUCAAUAAUUCCAUGAUUAGGGUGUUUUGUGAAAUUGCGUAGAUAAUAGACCCAUAAAACAUUAUUGAGAGUAUUUGCAUUUGGUUAUUUAUUAUUAAGCUAAGAGUUUUUCAGAUAAACUGUUAAAAUUUAUCAUCAUUCUGUUUUCGUAGGUCUUUAUAAAUUAUUACCUCAACAUAUAUAUUCAUAUGUAAGCAAAGAACAAACAGUGUGAGGAUAAGAUUUCAGUAUUUUCACUUGAACGAACAUAGGCAUAAAAAUAAUGAAAAUAUGAGGUGUAUUGAACGAUGCAAGGACAUUUACAUGAACGGUCAGUGUUACCUUGAAUCCUUCGCGAUAAACAGGCAUGCUGGGCCAUACAAUGGUGAUAUUCACUGGCCAAAAUUGGGAGCAACUUAAAAAUUUCUCAUCGCAGACAAAAAAAUGGAAUAGAAAACAUCCUUAAAGAUUUAAAUGUUAUGAAAAGUUUAUUUACUUCGAUCAUUGAAACUUUUCUGUACUGGAUCGUUAUAGAGUCUUAUGGAUACGGUAAUGUCACAAAUCCCGGAGUCUUAUUCUGUAGGUGAAAUCGAGUGAAAGAGAUUUUGGCAUAAAGAAUAAAGUUAAAAUCUCAUGAAGUAUUCAGAACCGUGUUUAGAUAGGUGAAAUUGUUUAUGUGAUUGCUCUUUAUGCUAUAAUGGUACAAUAACAGUCGGAUCUUACAAAGUAUUUAUUAUGAAGAAAUCAUUGAGUAAGACAUGCUAUCAGUGCCUGAAUUUGUGGACAAAUGUAUAAGUUUAUUUCUUUGGAAUAAUCGUCAUAUAGAACUGUAUUCAUAGUUUAUGAAACUGUCCUUAGUGUAGCACUGGUUGGAAUUUAAAUGAUAAAAUGGGACAAGACCCAUAAUUUAUUGUGAAAUUCUUUUUGAUCCAACCAUAAAUAUGAAUGAAGGACUUUAGAAGUUCUUUGCUUUUUUCAAUUAAAACAUAAUUUUAUCAGUAAAUAGGCCAUUAAAACAGUGUGAUAUUGUUAAAUAAAAAGAUAAGGUGUAUUUGACUGACAUACAGUAUGGCCAGAGCAAACAAAAUAUUCAAUAUGCACAGAGGUUAGGACAAAUACCACUGGAUUGAUAUUUUUUCGAGAUAUACAAAGUUUUAUUUUGAAAAAAAAGUGCGGAUCUAAAAAAACAUGUUAAAUAUACAUUGAAUGAAUGUUUUCCGAAUAGUGCAAAAAAGGUUGAAAAAAUAAGUUAUUAAGAUUUUGUUUGAUCUUUUAAAGGCUUAAUAUUAUGAAAAUCUGUAUAAUUUUGAUAGCUCGUAUCUGUCGGAGAUAUAUAUCUUGUGUAAUAUAAAAUUAUAUGUGCUCAAAGGUAAAAAAAUAUAUCUAGAAAAAAUGUAAAAAAAUGUUUUGACCUUGCGCGUCUUUGCUUUGACUUUUAAAGUGUGACAUUCAAUUGACAGAUUAAGUACACACAGAGAAAACUACCUUUGUGGAUGUUGGAUUAUGGUGCGGACUUAAAUAAUUAAGAUGUGAAAAUCCAUUUUAGAGCAGUUUGAAUAUAUGUUGAUAAAUUAUGUACCAUUUUAGUAUUGAUUCUGACGAUAUAUACAGACAGAAUGAAUAUACUUUAUUUCUGUGCAUUUAAAAGUGAGUACAAGGGUAGAAUUCUAAAUCAGAAUGUGAUCCUGGUUAUGUUAGAAGUGGAAGUAACAAUAUUCUAAACAAAACGGAUAACAGGAUGUGUGAGGUAUUGUAAACCUUAACAGUGCUUAGGAAAAGUCUAAUUCGGAAUAUUAUGGAUAUAUUAGGUGCCCUAGGUUUUCCACGAAAUAAGAAGGCACCGCCAUUUAUGAAACAUCGGAGCCGGAGUUUCAGUCUCCCAGAAAACAGAUAUGUUCCGCAACAGAUCUGCCACCAUCCAGGCUGUACGAAGAAUAACGAGAACCGGCCAAUGUUACUGUGUAAGGAAUGUGACGGCAAUAUACACCAGAGACCGGAAUACACUGGGCAUCUCGUGCUGGAUUUACCAAAGAGAAAAUCACAGCAUGAACGUACGGCACGAUUUGCACACGCAAACUCGACGCCAGCAUUUCCGAACCAGGUGUCGGUGUCGAGUAUGGAUAUAGAAGAGAUCGAGAAUGAUGAGGGUAUUGAAGAUGGUGAAAGCUUGGUUGCCAUGGAGACAGAACAGAAACUUAGUAAAGAGGCACCUGAUAUGGGUGAGGUGGAGAAAAAAUUAAAAAGGAAGAAAGUUGUGAAGGCCAAGCGGAGACAUACAACAGGGGUCCGGAGUCACAGUGCAAGUGACAUUUUUCAAGGAAACAAUGUAUGUCAGUCGGAUGAUGAAGAAAAAGAGCAGAGGUUCAGUUACCAUGGUAGCAUAGACGAAAAUGCUCUUGGGGUAGAGGAAUAUAAGCGCCGUCCUUCGAUAUCGUCGCCACCUCAAGCUCUUCAACGAAAGGGUGCAAUCAACCAUGAAACAUUUACAAUGAAGAUCAGAAGUAUUGACAAUGAAGAGGAAGAUAUCGAAAUUGUUGCUGCUGAGAAAAAUGUGUCACUGAGAGAAGCCAUUCAGCCUAUACUAGAACGUCGGCGGAUAAGUUUAGAAGUAAUUAAUGUGUUUGUCGAGGCCUCCAAUACCCCUCUACCUCUCAACUGUGAAACCUUCCUCCUCGGUGGAACCACCAUGUACAUUAAAGAAAAAGAUGGAGAGCCAACACUACCAUCUGGUUCCCAGUCCUUGAGUAAAGCUACCGGUUCCAAGCUUGCUGGUGGUGUGGGGAAGAGUAGCAGUGCAAAAUCGAAAUCAGGGAUGUCAAGAAGAGAGUCUGUGAUUGGUCGAGCGCAGUCCAUGCUCGAGGCACCAGUCAGUAAACAACGCAGGAGCUCCCUUCAACUCCCUUUUCAAGGGUUUUUUCCCUCCCCUAAGCUAGGCGAAGGGUCUAGAAACAAUGACGAUUCGGCAGGAAGUUUACGAAGUCGGCGUGGUGUCAACUUAUCUAUUGAUGAUUCUUCGUUUCCAAUGGCUUUGACAGUAAGUCCGCAAGGUACGUUACGUGAAGUGGAUACACGGAAACAGAAACAGCCGAGCAAACUGACCACACUCUUCAGCCCCCUGAAUAAGGACAAGGAGAAACAAGAUCAGUUGAACGAAUUGUUGAACAACUACAGUAGCAAUGGGUUGCCUCCCUUUCCGUCCCUGGUACAUUUUGGACACUCACAGUUUGAUGAAGCAGUAUUUGGUAUAGACGCGGACUGGAGGGCCAUUGUAGAUAACUCACAGCAUUUAACAAAGAGACAACAAGAUCAACAAGAAGCUGUCUGGGAACUACUUCAUACAGAAAUACAAUAUAUACGCUCUAUACGGGUCAUAUCUGAUUUAUUCCUGUGUGUUUUGUUGAAUCUACAAAAUGAGCUGCUUUUAAAUGAGAUUGAAACAGAGAAAUUAUUUAAUAAUAUUGGAGAUAUCGCCACGGCGAAUAGUGAUUUCUGGCGAAACCAUCUCUAUAAGGUGCUAGAAGAAUCACGGAGUUCCGGAGCACUUCUCAAUCCAUCCAUAAUGAAAGAAGGAUUCCAAAAGUACAACGAUAUAUUUCAACCAUAUGUACAUUACUGUGCCAAGCAGAAGAUGUGUACCGACUACAUGAGGUCUCAGUAUACAGAAAACGACCUCUUCAAAACAUUUGUUAUAUGGGCAGAAGCGCAGAAGCAGUGCAAUAGGCUAAAGUUCACGGACCUUCUCGUUAAACCUAUGCAACGUCUCACCAAAUAUUCUCUACUACUUCAAGCUAUACUCAGGAAGACCGACGAUGACCAUCAACGCAGAGACCUCUUAGAAAUGAUUGCCAGUGUGGACCGAUUUGUACACCAUGUAAAUGCAACAUUACACCAACAGCAUGAGGAAGAGAAACUACAGGCUAUAGUUGAUAAGAUAGAGGCUUACGAUGCUGUUGAUGCUCCCAAUGAUGAAUGUCUCAAGCUUAUACAACCGUACAAUAGUAAUUUUAACCUGACGGCACCAAUGCCAGGCUGUGAUGCUACCCAGACACGAGCACUUGUCAUGCAGUCACCACUGAAAAUGAAGGAGUACCAAAAUAGGAUGGAUGUGGAGGUGAUGUUAUUCACAGAUCUGAUGUUGAUAUGUAAGGCAAGCAAGAGAAUGGAUAAAUACAAAAUAGUCAAACCUCCGAUGCGAGUUGAUCGAAUAAUCACGCAUGAACUCAAAGAUAAAGGUUGUUUUCUGCUUAUCUACGUGAAUGAAUAUCAUGUUCCAGUUUCGUCUUUCACCUUUCACGCAGACCACAAUGCAGUGCAAAUUUGGAUCACUCAUAUACGCAAAGCUCAGGAUUUAUAUAGAGAAGCACGCAUGGCAACCUCCUCCAGCGAGAAACCAACUUUCCCACAGACGGAAAUAAUAACUGAAGAAGUGAUUGGAUAUACCCCACUUAUUUAUUCUGAAAGUGACACAAAUCUACCACUGUUACAACUGACCCGCUGUGCUAGUGAAGAACCUGAGGGUCAAAGGUCAAAUGAAGUGUCCUCGCCUAUAAAUAGGUCAAGGUCAUGGAAUGAAAUGUCGGUGCAUUCAGAUGCUCCAAUGUACAGUACAGAAGUACAUAAACAUGUUUAUCCCCCUGUUAAUAAAGGUUCACCCCCUGUUAAUAAGGGGACAACUGGUGUAUUAGAAAGUGAACAAGUGUCCAGAAAAAAUAGUAGCAAUCAUACAAUAGUGCAAUAUUCGCAGUCGGAUCCGACAGUGUUUAGCCAGUAUGCAGGUGAGGGUACACUACGUGUGCCCAAUAUGUCCAUUUCUGCAGGUACAAGUGAAAGUGACAUGUCUACUCUACCUGAAUUUGUUGAUGAGAAUAUAAAAUCAAAGUUAUACCAACGUCGGCAGUCACGGACAGAAAAACGUUAUUAUACUGCUGAUGCAAUACAGGAGUUAAACAAAACUCAAGAUCGUGAUAAUAGUAUUUAUAAACGUCUUAGUUGGAAUUUUCCAAAUGGCGAGGCCGCGGGUGACAAACAAGGGGUUCUAAAACACAAAACAAUGAGCUCAGACUCUGUACGUAGCUUUCAUAGUUCAAGUGGUGUAUCUUCAACGGGGUCUUUACACUUGAGUCCGGAAGGUGAUAUAUGUGAAGAAGACAGUGAUCUUGGAGAUUAUGAUAAUGACAAUGAAAUUGAAAUGGAUUUACCUCAUGAUUUGAACGAAGAUACUCUGAGAGAAUUUCACGCGACUCACAAAUCCAAAUCUACUCCUGAUAUUGUUAGUUUGAUGCAAGAUUUGAACACGCACGACAUGAAAGAUGGAAUUUGCUCCAUAGACCUCCCAUCUUGUGAGGAUCCAAAACAGAGACUGUCACAUGCACAGCUGGUCCGCAUGAAGAAACAGUUGCUGCUUAGCUCAAAUGUUGAAGCAAGUGAAGUGUGAGAUGAGGGGAGUCUUUGCAAGAAAACCCAGUCCAUAGGAUAAUCCCAUGACUUUAUAGACUGUGAUACAAUUUUAGUACAACCAAUAUAUACUUACAUUAAAAAUGUAGGAGCCAGUCAACCAAAUAUGUAUUUGAGUACCAGUCCAUUGUAUUUUGUUAAUGGACAGCCUGGAACCUUCACAUUCCAUGAUUGUGUAUGCAAAAAAGGGAAGAAAUAGCAAAAAGUCAACUGAAUCUCUGGAUGAAUUAAUAGGAAGGAUUUGUCAAAGUUGCUAUUCUGAAACAAGUGCUAUAUAUAGUUAUACAAAUUUACCAAAUGUGAAGUGUGAAACUUUGUUUAGCAAAGGCUACAAGACGUUAGGAAAAUUUUAUUGAUGAACUAUGCUGAAAGUUUUGACCAAAGUUUCAAAUGAUAUUUAUUUAUCCUUAUAUAACCUUGAACCUCAAACCUACAAAGACAUAGUAUAAAUAGCAAAUGCUACGAAGAUAGAAGUUAUAACAUUAAGUAAGUUGAAAGUGGAGUACUGCAAAAACUGAAACAAAUUCAUAUUUCUUCAUUAAUUCUUAGUUUAAGGAAAGGAAAAAAAUGAAAGUAACAAAUAAGACUGUAGGCAUCUCCUAUUGUAUCACAAAAGACAUGUUAUGCUCAUGUGAACACAGUUACUUUAUAGUAUGUUUGAUGUGUCGGUCUAAUAACGCAAAAUUAUAUUCAGUACUUAACAGAUAUUAACUUCAUAUUGUUUUAUGAAUCUCUGAUACUUAGCAGCUGAUAUGUUUUGUUCUGAAAAAGAAAUUUAUUUAUUAUAGAUUGGAUGAUAUUCGGGAAUCAGAAUUUCUUUUGCUUGUAUUUGUGGAUAGACCAAAGCACAAAUUCAAAAUAGAUGCUAAUAUUUAAACAUUAUUAUGUCCUUGCAUAUAACCAUUAUAGAAAUUCAAAACAGAGAAUAUGGCAGUUGUCUAUCAAACUGCAAAAUAAAGAUAAAAGAAAUGUGUAAUUACCUUAUUUACAGGAAAUAAAACUAAUACUGAAAAACAUAAUAACAGUUAACAGGAUUAUGAAAUUUUAUAACCAUGUUCUACAGACAAGGAGUUAACUACAAACAUACUCUGGAAAUACAAAUAACAGUCAUAUAUUUAUUUUAUUCCAGUUUCUUUUUUGAAAGUAAUAAAACAAAUGGUUCAAAAUCUGUCAAACUUUCUGUAUGUGUAAAAAGAUUCCAGUGUUACAAACUACAUCAUGUAUUUUUUGUAGUCCUAAUCCAAUGAAUGUUUCAUUUUUUCAGAGACAUUUUCUAUGUGUGAUAUUAUAUACUCAACUGUACAUUUUUACUGACUGUGUAGAAUAAAAUAUAGUCAUGGAGUCUUUGUCUCAAAUAUAAACAUGUCCGAUGUUACAUAUAAUUACCUUUUUGUUGAAUUAUAACUAGUUUUCACAUACCCAGUUAUAUUCUAUCAAAGUUUUGAGGUCUUUAGAUUUGUCUCGUGUUAUAUUGCGUCAUGCAAUUUGUUCCAUCAACGUGUAUGUUACAGUAUGAUCCACCAAAUUUUUUGUGUGUUUAUUGGCUUUAUUGUGCAAGAAGUAAAUUUUAAGUUAUACAUCUUCCUAAAGCUCUCUAUGGAGGGGGGUAGCUGGAAUCUUUUGAUAUUUAAACAUACUUCCUUUGUAGAAUUUUGAUCAAAGAAAAUAUUUUAGAAAAAUGUUCAGUAGAAAAUGUUGCUUUUAUGUGAACUAAGUAUCUUGAUUUCCUCUUUUUUUAAAUCCAUCAAGAGAAAAAAAGCCAGAAUUGAAUUUUGUUGUCUAGAAUGAAUGCAGUUGGAAAAUACACGAUGUCCCUAUCAAGGUCCGGAUUUGAUGAUAUGUUCAAAAUUUAUCAAGUUAUUAGAAAAUGCAAAAGUUUGUAAGACAAAUGAGCCGUGCCAUGAGAAAACAAACAUAGUGGCUUUGCGACCAGCAUGGAUCCAGACCAGCGCUGUUCGCUUUCAAAGACCAUUGCAAUUAGAGAAACUGUUAGCGAACAGCAUGGAUCCUGACCAGACUGCACAGAUGCGCAGGCUGGUCUGGAUCCAUGCUGGUCGCAAAGCCACUAUGUUGAUUUUCCCAUGGCGUGGCUCAAAUCUUUAUGGAAUGACAUGCAAUAUAAAUGGUAUUGUUAUAUUGAAAAAGGAAAUCAAUGAAAAACUUUGUAACAGAGAAGGUGGAUCAUACAGUAAUGUAGCUAACAAUUCUACAACAGUCUGGACUGUAUGAUUGCUGUCACAAACAUCAUUCAUUUAGAAAUUCUUUCCUGAUUUAUCUGUUUUGGUUAGCUUACUGCGUUAGCUGCUUUCAGUUUUGAUUUACGGUCAAGUUUAUGCCUCAGAAUAAUUGCAAAAUUGAUUUUGAUUUAGACAAUGGGCAAUAAGAGCCUUAAAUCCAUUCUAGCAAACUAAAAUGCAUCUGAAUAAUAAUUUUAGGAGUUCCAAAGACCUUUACUGCUAUGAAAUAAGAGUUAAAAAGGACAGGAACUGUCUUUCAACAGAAUUCUUGAAACUUCAAUAUGCCUGAUUACUUUAUAAGAUUGUAGCUUAUGGCAAAUAAAAAUUCUCUUUAAUUGAUAAAAAACAACUUUGGUCAGUGUACAAUGUACUUGAAGUAAGAAAUUGUAAAACAUUUAUACAUUAAACCUUUCUUAUAUAAUGUUUUGUUUUCCACAUGAAUUACAUAUCAUCCCUAUGUUUGCUCAUACCUGUUACAUGCAUGUCGAUAUUCCAAAUACCUUGUUCAGUUUUAAUUCCCAUUUUAUACCCAUCAGUAGAGUAAAGAGAUGCCAUGAAAAUGUAAAAUUUAUGUAAAUCUAGGGGUUCUGAUAUAUGUAAUAAAAGUCCUUGCCAUAAGAAAACAUUUAACAUCUGUUUUGCAUUCUCCUUAUUAAAAUCAGUCUAAUGUGUUCUGGUGUAGAAAGCUUUUAUACUUGGGACUGAAGCAGCACAUCUGUGCAGACAAAAUGAAAAAUACAAAUUUACAGAAAAAAACAUACAAGUGUUUGCUGGAAUAAAAUAUUGUUGACCUAGUAUUUUAUGAUUAUAAUUUGGACAUGUGCAUUGACAUCAACUAUUGUCUCAAUUAUCUUGUGAUUCUAGUUCUGUAUGGCAUACAUGUUAUCUUAUUGUACUGUUAGAUACACAGUUAUUUUGUGUACAUUUGUUGGUAAAAUGAUGUUGAUUAGUAAAUGAAUAAUGUUAUCUGUAUUACCUAAUUAAGAUAUUUAUUAUAAAAUUGUAUAGCAUUUUUAAAAUUAAAAAAAGUUUGUUAAAAUC